ACAAAAUCGUAAGCAACCAAGUAAAUCUUGUGUGUGAAUUAAGUGUUUUUUUGGAAAAUUUUAUAACAUAACAUUAUCAAUAUGAAAUUCAUGGUAUGUUUGAUCUUUGCUUUAAUUGCAACCGUAUAUGGACAAAAUGAAUCAAAGAAAACAGAAAAACGUGGAAUCUAUGGUGGAUUAGGUUAUGGAUAUGGUGGAUUAGGUUUAGGUAGCUUAGGCUAUGGACAUGGAUACGCUGCUGCACCAUCAUUAUUAGCUGCUCCAUCUCUAUCAUAUGGCCAUGCUGCUAUUGCUGCACCAGCUUUAAGUUAUGCAUCUGCACCAUUGAGUAUUGCACAUGCUCCAGCAUAUGCAAGUAUCUCUCAUGCACCUGCAUUAAGCAUUGCACAUGCCCCAGCAAUCAGUUACGCAUCAGCACCAAUCUACUCCAAAGCAAUUGCCGCUCCAGCAAUCAGUUAUGCAUCAGCUCCAAUCUACUCAAAAACAAUUUCUGCCGCUCCAGCUAUUUCCUACGGCCAUGGCUUAGGAUAUGGUUUGAGUCAUGGUUAUGGUUUGGGAUUAGGUUAUGGACAUGGAUUAGGUUAUGGACAUGGAUUAGCAUAUCAUUAGGGAUUUAAUGUUAAAAUUAAUGUUAAAAUUUUUUCCAUUGAAGAGAUCUCUCUAAAAUAAUGUUCAUAAUAUUUAUUAAAUGUAAUUAUUUUUGUACAUCAAAAUUUUGCACAUUCCGAAUCCAUAAAUAAAAAUUAUUUUUUAUAAA